AUGGCAUUAGGUUCCAGAUCAAACAAUCAGGUUGAUUCCUUAUCAACAAACAUAAGCAUUCCACAACAACAAGAUCACCGAAGAAGACAGUCGAUACUACUGCUAUCCGAGUCUGUAGCUAGCAGACGGUCCUCUAAGUUUUCUAGAGAUGCUUUGAAGCUAGGAGUCGAUGUACAAAGUCCCAGACAGGCGAGCAGCAUCGAAUCACGAGUCCUUAUCGAUGCGGGGUCUCCCAAUUUUAGAACACGCAAGCGCAGUCAACACGACGAAAUCAUCAAUAGUCUGCGUGCUAACUACCUGAAUGACUAUAUGUCGUCUAGAAAAACGGAUGCGGACUCUUCUCCCUCCGAAACCCUAGCUCGGACAGACGACUUUCCACUUGUUGACGGCCUAGAUAUACAAGAUAGCCCUGGAAUUCCGGAACGGGACCACAAUCUAGAAAGCCAAGGUGGUCAUAUUACCAGAGAACUGUACCGUUUGACCUCUGCAAGUCAUGGCUUGAAAAAAACGCACUCUGCCGAUGAUCUUGAUGUCACGAAGCAGGUUUCACGGCCUGAGUCUACAGCAAGUGCUUUGAACGUGCCAGGUGGGUUCCGUCGUGAAUUCAUAGUCAAGAAACACAAAAACGGUAAAGAUUUGAACACGUCUGCAGGCAGUGAGUCUGGAACUUGUUGGUCAGACGAUUCUGAGUCGCAAAGAACAGAUCCGAAUAACCUAGACAAAGUACCGUUUCUGACAAGAAACUUUCUGGAGUUUCUGUACGUGUAUGGCCACUUUGCAGGUGAGUCAUUCGAAGAAGAUUUCUAUCCGGAGCAGAGGGCUGGAUCAGAAGAAGUAGACGAACGGAGUCCUCUUUUGGCGAAGAAAGGUGCCAAAACCACUGGGAAGGUGUUUGUUCCCAAGUCCGCCAAGGGUACGACUUCUACGAUUAAGGCAUUUCUCCUGAUGAUCAAGUCCUUUAUUGGCACCGGAGUCUUAUUUCUUCCAGCGGCGUUCUCCAAUGGCGGCCUUUUCUUCUCUAUCGUGAUGCUGACUUUUUUUGGGCUCUAUUCAUACUGGUGUUACUACAUUCUGAUUCAAUCCAAAGUAGCCACUAAAGUUUCGUCCUUCGGGGACAUCGGACAAGCUCUCUAUGGGCCUUGGAUGAAAUUUGUGAUUCUACUGUCCUUGGUGCUGACUCAAUUAGGCUUUUCGGGUGCCUAUGUCAUAUUCACAGCGAAGAAUUUGUUGGCAUUCAUCAAUAACGUGUUUCACUGGUCUGAAGUCAACAUUUUUCACUUAUUGGUGGUACAGCUAAUAAUAUUCAUUCCUCUGUCAUUUAUUAGAAACAUAUCCAAACUGUCGCUACCAUCACUACUGGCCAAUUUCUUCGUCAUGGGCGGAAUAUUAAUUGUCAUAGCUUUAACUGGUAAGCAUUUAUUGAUUGAUCUCAAUUGCCAACCCGCUGAUGGUAUCACGAUGAUCUUCGACCCAAGCCGCUGGACACUUUUUGUAGGCACUGCAAUUUUUGCUUUUGAAGGAAUUGGACUUAUUAUACCAGUACAGAGCUCAAUGAAGCAUCCAGAAAAAUUCCCUUUGGUCUUGGGACUGGUGAUUACCACUGCCACAGUGCUGUUCGUGAGCGUUGCCACACUCGGUUAUCUAAGUUACGGUAAAGAUGUUCAAACUGUUAUCCUACUGAACUUACCUCAAGAAAGCAUUUUGGUCAAUUUGAUUCAAUUUUUCUACUGCUUGGCUAUUUUACUGUCCACUCCGUUACAACUAUUCCCAGCCAUCGCAAUUGUGGAGAGUAAAGUGUUUCCAAAAUUCACCAAAAUUUACGUCAAACGUAACGAUCAAACAGACGUUCAAUACAAGCCUAAUUCCGGAAAGCUCGACUGGCGUGUCAAAUGGCUCAAAAACUCCGUGCGCUCUCUCAUAGUAACGGCCACCGUGAUGGCGGCGUACUUUGGUGCGGACAACCUCGAUCAAUUUGUAUCCAUUGUGGGUUCAUUUGCAUGUAUUCCAUUGGUCUACGUUUACCCACCGCUGCUUCAUUUAAGAAGUUGCAGCAAACCUGACUGCCAUGAGGCCAAGCAUUUUUGGCAAAGAUGGCCUGUGUACCUCGACUACGCAUUAAUAGUCUUUGGGAUGGUCAGCAUGAUAUACACAUCCUAUCAAAGUCUCAUGAGUUAA